AUGUCGGUUGGAAGGUCGGCUAGGAGAUCUUGGGCGACAGGCUUUGGGCGAACCAUCUCGGCAGGUUUUACGAGUCUUCGCCAACGUUUUCUUUCUGGUAUUGGGAUUAGGUAUGGGUCAGAAGUUGAUGGUUGGUCGGCUGGAUCAGAGGUUGACCCUUGGUCAACCCGAGAUGUUGAUGCUGUUUGCAGAGUGAAAAUAGGCUCUCAAGAUAUAGAAGUUAAUGCAACUACAAAACAUUUCACUGAUAAUGUUGAAGCUUCAAUUCCUGAACAACGUCCUCGUAAAGUGCCUAGAAUAGAAUCCAAAGAAGUUGAUACAUCUUCUUUGACUACAAUAGAUGCUGUCAAAUGGCUUACAUUUCAAGCUUGUGCAUUUAGAGGUUGUGAUGAAAGUCAUGAUUCUAACAAUCGAGAAAAUAUUAUUGAAUUGAUAAAGCUCUUGGCAUCUUAUAAUGCAGAUGUGGCAGAUGUUGUGUUACACAAAGCUCCUCAAAAUGCUUCAUACUACUCGCAUCGAAUUCAAAAAGAGAUUCUUAUUAUUUUCUUUGACAAAAUACAAAGAUGCAUUCUUGAGGAGAUUGAUGAAGCAAAAUUUUGCAUUAUAGUGGAUGAAGCUCGAGAUGAAUCAAAGAGGGAGCAAAUGGCCAUUGUUCUACGAUUUGUUGAUAAAGAUGGCUUUAUAAAGGAGCAUUUUUUUGACAUAGUUCAUGUAUCGGAUACAACAUCAGCAACUUUGAAAGAAGAAAUAUAUAUUGUCCUAUCUCAUCAUAAUCUCAGUGUACAAAAUAUUUGUGGUCAAGGCUAUGAUGGUGCUUGUAAUAUGCGUGGAGAGUGGACUGGGUUACCGGCCUUAUUUCUUCAUGACAAUCAUUUUACAUAUUAUGUUCAUUGCUUUGCUCAUCGACUCCAAUUAGCAUUGGUAGCAAUAGCAAGAGAGGUUAUACCCGUUGUCCAAUUUUUUUCUUAUCUGGAUCUCACAGUUAAUCUAUCUGGCUCUUCUUGUAAAAGGCAUGAUCAGUUGAAAGUUGCUCAAGCUGAAGAAAUUGUAGCAGAAGUUGAAACUGGUAAAGGAAAAAAUCAAGUUGGGACAUUUAAACGGGUUAGAGAUACUCGAUGGGAUGCUGAUGGAGUUUAUGAUAAGAUUACAUCUUUAAAGUUUGUGUUUAUCUUACAUUUGAUGAGAGAUAAUAUGGGGACUACUGAUGAUCUUUGCCAAGCUUCGCAAUAUAUUCUUGAUAUGAGUGCUCGUUACACAUCUGGUAGAGGUCGUGUUUGUCACCAAAGAGAUCACAUUACUAUUAAGCAUCAUUUUUGGGUUGAUAUUUUUACAAUUACAUGUGAUUCUCAAUUGCAAGAAUUGAACAAUAGAUUCAAAGAAGAUGUGAUGGAGUUGCUUAUUCUUAGCUCUGCUUUAGAUCCUAGGGAUGAUUACAAUUCGUUCAAAAUUGAAGAUAUAUGCAAGCUUGCAAAUCAAUUUAUCCUAAUCACUUUAUAG